AGAACCCCCAAUUGCCGUCUUUCGGCGCCUCGUUGUGCGGCAUUCUGCGCAUGUCUUACCUCGGAGCUGCAGUAUGUCGCGCUCCACUUCGCAGUCUUCAUCCGCGACCGGAACCAUCGCGAGCGGUCUGUCACGGAGCUUGUCGGUCAAAACAAACAAGUCAACACAGGGCCCAAACCCGAUACCGCCCUCAGAUAUCAAACUUUUUGUGACAAACCUGCGCCUGCUGGAUCUGGACUUGCGGCCUGACUGGCCAGACAUCACGGUGCAGACAUUUUCCUCGAAAAAUGCAGACCAGAAGCAGCGGAUGAGCGGUGUGGAAUGGUGCCUCUUCAGGCUGUUCGAGAUAUGGGAUCCUGAAGAGACGGGCCAGAAGCUACAGCCCUUCUUCCCGCCCCUCGAACCCGUCCAAUCGCGCAACCUCCGAAAUGCCCUCUACCGCUCGCUCGACAAACUGAAGAAGGAUGGUAUACUGGGCCGGGAGUCUGUGCUCAGGAAGACCAUGUUGGACGAAUGCAAGGGCGACCGCUUCUUCGAGGUGCUGGCGCUCUUCUCGACCGUCGUGCUGAAGAAGGCUCUGGCCUCGCGACCAGCGAAAAAGAAGAGAACAGCCGUCGCCAGGAGGCUGGCUACCACGACUAACUUGCCGGGCGAUGCUCAGGCGUCCUUGUUACCCCUCGCUAUUGCACAUAAAGCGGCACUUGUCAACAUCCUAAAGAGGAAGGACGAAAAGAGGAUAAGAUUCGCUGAUUUUGAACGUCUGUUGAAUGCAAAGGCGGACGAUAUCAACCAACGGAUAAGGAAAUGCAGAGAAACCCCAAGGGCCCGGGAGCCAGCCAUACCGCAGAAAGAGGCGGCUGCAAUCAAAAAGCAGCUGAAGGACAACUGGAUUGGCAACCAGAAAUGGUUGGAAGUCAUGCUUCACGGAGAAGAUGUCCAGGCUGAGGAUGCUUUCCUGAACAGCUCGUUCAACCGGGUCUGGAACAUGGUUGAGCAAGGCCGCAAGCUAGAGGGUGCUGUGCCGGAGGUUGGGCUUCUGGAGAAUCUACAAACGAGAGUUCAGGAACAGCAGGCCAGGCUGCAGAAGUGGCAGAUGUUCCACGAGAAGCUGCGGAAAGAAGAGCCAAUACCGUCUUUUUCGGCGGCAAAACCUGAAGCUCCCACGAGGGAGUUCAAGUUCGAAGACCAUCUCAAGCUCCAGCCUCAAGCGAAGAUCCCUGAGCACGAGCCCGUCAAACGACCGCCGUUGCGCGCAGAAUACCGGGACAUUAUUUCUGAGAUGGAUGACGAGCUGGCGCGUGUAGCCACAGCAAAGCAUAUUUAUCCUUCCGACGCUCAGGUGAGGCGACGUGGCUCGUCGUUGGCCGCUCCAACAUCACCAACUCGUCGCAGGAAGUCACGGUCCGACUCUGUACCCAAGGUGCCGGCAAGCCCAGGAAGGCCCACCAAGCCAGCUCCGCCUUUACGAAAACAGUCCAAGGAAACCAUACCGACUCGACCACCACGGCGCCAUGAAGCUACUCCUGUCGACUCUGAGACGACCCUUGUCGGCCAUCUAUCGACUGUGCGUCCCGUACCGCAAGCUUCGCGGUCAGUCCUAUCAUUAGCAGUGGAGCAUCAGGUACCGUUAGCAACAGAGGAGACUUCCGACGCUCUUCCAACCACUUCAUCCCCACCGAGGCCUUUCCGCCUUGUGGAACCACUGUCGCCCUCUCCAUCCCCCCCUCCACCAUCCUCCUACUUCCCCUCCGAGCCACCCGUUCUCGAGCCACCCCAGAUCAACACCGAAGACGCCCUCGCCGCCCAAAUCAUCUCCACUAUCGGCGAUGUCACGCCUUCACCGGUAAAGAAGCAACAACCGCGCCUCUCCCUCAUGGAGCGCACCCGCCUGUCCAUGGCACCCCGCAACAGCACCUUUCAAUCCGUCCCCGAGUCGCCCUCCCUCCCCUCUCCACCGCUUCCUGAACCUCCAACCAUCGAACCCCCACAACUCGACCGCCGCGCCUCCCUCCUCGAACGCACCCGCCUCAACAUGGCCGCCAUGAGCGCCAAACCGCGCGCCUCCCUCGCACCGAAAGACAAAAAAAAUCGCAAGAGCAGCGCCCGCCAAUCCAUCUACCCUACCAACCAAUUCGACACGCCGCGCACCCGUAGAUCCAUCCAGGCCAUUGAGGAAGCGAAGAGCGGUGAGCAUACGCCUAAGGAGGAGUUGUUUAGCGAGGAGGUCGAGUAUGAGAGGGUGUUUAAGAGCCGCCCAAGGAUUGCUACCAGCCCGGUUUGGGGGACGCCACAGAAUGAGGGCAUGACGGGGGCUGGAGAGGUCGAGGGUGAGCUUGAUGAGGGUGUGACUGGUGUGGAUUUGGGUGACGUCGAUCAAGAUGAAGAUGAGGAUGGGUUUACGCAGGCUUGGGAGAAUAGUCCGCUGAGACGGGCAGGGAGAGGGAAAACAUUUGGCUGAGGCCAAGGAUGAGCAUGGAUUAUGAGAUAUGAGGGGCGUUUGAUAGCGUUUAGCGUGUGCGUGGUGUUUUAUUACUAGUAAGCGUGCAAGCAAGAGGG